AUGGCCUGCUGCUCCACAGAUGGGAAAUCUCCUUCUAGCGCCUGCCAGCCAAGCUGCGGUGAGACCAAAUGCUGCCAGUCUACUUGCCAAACCAGCUGCUGUGGGACUGGUGGUGGCACCAGCUGUGGCCAGGCGGGUGGCAGCGGACCUUUGACCUGCCGUGUCAGGUGGUGCCGCCCAGACUGCAGUGUGGAGGGCACCAGCCUGCCCCCCUGCCGCGUGGUGACCUGCACCCCCCCAACCUGCUGCCAGCUGCACCAUGCCCAGGCGUCCUGCUGCCGCCCAUCCUACUGUGGACAGUCCUCCUGCCGCCCAGCCUGCUGCUGCCAGACCACCUGCUCUGAGACCACGAGCUAA